AUGGCAAAGGGCCGCGUGCUAACACAGGCCAGUUACCGAAAGACACUCCGCCAAAAAGACAAGAUCGAGGACGAGGCCGAGCAGUCGGCUAUCAUCAAAGCCUGCCACAAGCGCUGCGCUCUACGGACGCUGCAUGUGCUCGAGAAGAACGGCGGCAUCUUCAUCAAGCUGGGCCAGCACCUUAGCGCCAUGAACUACCUUUUGCCCUCCGAAUGGACGACGACCUUCAUCCCCCUCCAGGACAAGUGCCCUGUCUCGUCCUUUGAAUCGGUCCAGCAAAUGUACCGCGACGACACCGGCACCGAUCUGUGGGACUACUUCUCCGAGUUCUCCGCGGAGCCGAUCGGUGCAGCGUCCCUCGCCCAGGUCCAUGUGGCCACGAUCCGCGCCACGGGCCAGAAGGUCGCCGUCAAGGUGCAGCAUCCCAGCCUGGCGCAGUGGGCGCCGCUCGACAUGGCCCUGACGACGUUUACGUUUUCGACGCUCAAGCGCUUCUUCCCCGAGUACGAUCUGGACUGGCUGUCGUCGGAAAUGGCCCUGUCGCUGCCGCAGGAGCUCGACUUCGCCCUCGAGGGCAAGAACGCCGAGCGCACCAAGGCGCACUUUGCCGCCAUCCCCCAGCUGCCGCUCGUCGUGCCGGACGUCCUCUGGGGCCAGGAGCGCAUCCUCGUCAUGGCGCACGAGGUCGGCCACCGCCUCGACGACCUGGCCUACCUCGACCAGAACGGCAUCGACCGCGACGAGGUGUCCGCGGCGCUCGCGCACAUCUUCAACGAGAUGAUCUUUGGCGACGGUGCGCCGCUGCACUGCGACCCGCACGGCGGCAACCUGGCCGUGCGCGCGCGGCCGCCCGCCGGCAAUGCCGUCGCGCGCUGGCUGCGCCGCCUGCCGUGGCGCAACCACGACAACUUUGACAUUAUCUUGUACGACCACGGCCUGUACCGGGACAUCCCGCUCGCGCUGCGGCGCUCGUAUGCCAAGAUGUGGCUCGCCGUGCUCGACGGCGACAUGGCGCGCAUGCAGCGCUACGCCUACGAGGUGGCCGGCGUCGACGAGGCGUCGUUCCCGCUGUUUGCCUCGGCCAUUACCGGCCGCGACUACCGCGUGCUCGCCUCCGGCUCUAUCAUCCAGCCGCGCACGACGGACGAAAAGGAGCACAUUAGCGGCCAGCUGCAGGACGGCCUGCUGGCCGAGCUCGUGCAGCUUCUCGGCAAGGUGCCGCGCAUCAUUCUGCUGAUUCUCAAAACAAACGACCUGACGCGCAGCCUCGACGACGCCCUGGAGACGAAGCAGGGCCCCAUCCGCUCGUUCCUCAUCAUGGCGCAGUACUGCCUGCGCACCGUGUUUUACGAGCAGGUCGGCGCCAUCCGCGCGCAGCACGGCUCGCUCUGGUGGCCGACGAACCUGGCGCGCCUGCUGGGCGCGUGUCUGCAGUAUCUCAAGGGCGAGGCCAAGCUCGAGGGCAUUGACCUGUGGCUGCGGGCGCGGCGGCUGGCCGGCAUGAAGAACCUGACUGUCGGACCGCCGUCGGUGACGUGA